AUGGCGGAAGCGACGUCGCUCCUUUUACUACCAGCCCUAGACCUCUUGUCAACCCCCUCCUCAAACAAGUCCUCCUACAAAAGCACAUUUGAAUCCCUCCUUCCCAGGCUACGUCCCCAGGACAAGACCUCUGUCGCCCGCCUGGAUAUCGGCCUAGUCUUGUCCGCUAGUUAUCCGCUUUCGACAAAUACAUGCCGCUCCGCCAUCUUCGGUCUUAUCCAGAACCUGCUGAAGCAAACCUACAGUCUAAUCACCUCCGUCGCUUCUCAGCAGAAUGUCGACCUCGAUCUGCCCGGGGGUGUCGACAUCCGCGUCUUCAUCCUUGAACCCCGCGUGGACCGUAUCCCCCAGAAACUCGUUGGCAAGCAACCCCUCUCCGGGCCGAUUGUAGACAUCGACACGUUCGUCCUCUCAGAUCGGAGUUACAAGACAAUCUACUCGGUCGAAGGCGAGGCUGGGGAAGGUCAUCUCAAGCAGUUUCUCACCACGUGGGGAAGCAAACUGAAGGACGAGCCCCCGCCUUCUGUGAGACUGCCAAGUGGACCGGCAAUCGUCUCUGCCUCUGCCACUGAUUCACAGCCUUUUUCGACGACCGAGGGAGUUGCUUCUGUGACGGCUCACGCAUCCGUUGCGGUGGGAGGCACGUUCGACCACUUACACAUCGGACAUAAACUCCUCUUGACGGGCACGAUCCUUUCUGCGGAACCCAGCACAGCCUCCCGCCUGAUAACUAUCGGCGUAACAGGCGACGAAUUACUCGUCAACAAGAAAUACUGCUCGUAUGUCGAAUCCUGGUCACUGAGACAAGAACGCACGGCGGAAUUUGUCGACUCAAUUCUAGCGUUUUACCCAAGGAAGACGAGUCCCAAUUCAGGGGCCAAUGGCUUGAGAACGACCGAGUAUAUCGACCAUCCGGGGCCGAAUGGCAAGGUCGUACGCGUGACAUACAAAUCUCUCCAAUCGAGCCCUGGUGUGGAAGAGAGUGUAACCGUCAACUACACCCAAAUAUCCGACCCCUUUGGUCCCACUAUAACAGAUCCCGAUAUCUCCGCCCUUGUCAUCUCAGCCGAGACACGAGCCGGUGGAAAAGCUGUCAACGAUAAGAGAAAAGAGAAAGGGUGGAAGGAGCUCGAGGUGUUUGAGGUGGGUAUUUUGGAUGCCGCUGUGGGCGUAGAAGACGAAGAAGAAAUGGUGCGGCAAAGGGAGACUUUUGACAGCAAGAUCAGUAGUACUGAGAUAAGGAGGCGGUUACAGGAGAGAAGCCAGUAA